AUGUCCCUUUGUCAAACAUGUUCAUCGGAACUCUCCCCAACUUCAAACCACUACCUCACACCAUGUUGUUCAUCCCCGAUCUGUACCCCUUGUCUGAUCCGACAUCCUCGAUUGAAAUCCUACGUCCCAUGUCUACGCUGCGGACCGAUUUCCACCAACGUCGCAUCUAGUAUAUCGAUAACAAAACUAAACUCGAAAUCUGUUUCACCAUUACCAUUGAAUGGGACGGGGGAAGUGAUGUUUGAAUUCCAGGAUGAUCUGCCUUCGUACGAUUUGGCAGUGACGACUUCUUCAUCGAAAUCUCUAUCUCACAAUCAAGAUCCUGGACAGGUCGGGGAUAGGAAAAAUUCUGGACAUUUGGGAAAAGUUCAGGAUGCGAAGGAUAGGCAAGGAAGAAUUGGAAAGGUGGGUGAAGACGAAAGAUCAGAUCCUGAGGAUGUGAAUGGCUUUGAUAAACGAGAAGAGAAAGAAAUGGUAGAAGUCAUACAUCAACUCAAGAGGGAUGAUACGGUUUUAUCCAUCGCUAGGAGUAUGCGGCGGAUGUUUCAAUUGAUAACGAAGGAACUUGAUCCGGCUGUGGGAAAAGCUUAUCUUUCUUUGGCGGAGGGGGAUGAGGUGGAUGCUCUUGAGGGGUGGGAUGGGGAAGUGGAUGUUGACCCUUGGGGUUCUCAACAAGUGAGGAAUCAUUCGGGCGUGCUUCCCAGUGACAACAAUGAAAAGAGGAUAGCAGAAUUUGAGAAGAUGAAAGAGGGUAUAUUGGAUACUAGAGACAAUGAGAAAAACUUUCAUAGAGGUGUAGGACAAGAUAGGGAGAAAUCAUCUGGCGAGGGGAAGAAAAAGCUUUAG